CACACACCGUGUAUCUGAGCAGGACAGACCACAGGAGGUCAGGUGGCAGACGAGGACCUGCAGGAACCUCCAGAUCAGAUCCAUCCUGUGUGUUCGGGAGACGAGCCUUUGAUCUCCCACCCGCCAUCAUCAAUCCAUGAUGGGCCAAAAUGGCAGCAAGCCUUCCUCUAACUCCACCUUAUUCCGCCCUCCCGCUGAUGAAAAUCCAUCUCCUCGACCAAGCAUCUUCGCCACGCUGAGGAAGCCGCUGGCAGCCAAGCCCAAUGACUUCAUACCGCUCUUCAACGACUGCAUCUCUGCUGCCUCAUCCAGAACCCAGGAGUACCUCCUCUUUAAGGACCCAGAAGAAAAGUUCCGCCUCAACCCUGAGGUGCUCACUCAGGUUUUUCUGAUGACUUACAUCACUCAGAGCAUCAACCUCAACCUGACCGAAAUGUUCAGCUGCACAGCCAUGACGCCUGAGCAGCGCGUCCUCCUGGGUGCUGACUGGGUCUGGGCUUUGCUGGAGAAACCCUCCAAGAACCCCCGCGUCCAGAUCGCUGUCCAGGUGCUACACCUGCCCGAAAAAGAGGGUCCUGAAGAGGGUAGUACCACCCAAGAGCCAUCCAGCGAGACCAUGGAGAUAGCCCACCAGGAAACCAGUGACAAGACCACGUUUGAGAAGAUGGUGGAAUUCUGCACUUCCAUUGGAAAGGACUGUUAUGCUCUCUUCAUGUUCUUUGGGAAGAAAAAUGACAAGGGGAACAUCUACGGAGUCCUCAGUAACAACUUCGAGGCCGCCAUCGGGAAGUGCAGCAAGAUCGACAGAGCGUUUAUUGAGAACUUCUUCAAAGGUUCGAGGUACCUCCAUACCCCAUCGGGAAUGAUGCAGGCGAUUGUCACCAAGAAAGAUGGCGAUCCGCUCACGCUCAUGAUUAAGUUUAGCUGAACCAAAGUGACUCGUAACAUUCAGCGACCAAAGAUGUGACAAAAUAAACUUUCUGAUGUGCAAGAAAGUUUUGCAAGAGAACUACUGCAAAGAGAUUGAGUUUAAUAAAGCAGGAGAUACUUUAAAAAAAAAGUUUUCAAACUGAACAAUAAUUGUUCUUAUUGCUAAAGAUUCACCUUUUAUCACUUGACAAAUCAAACUCAGUGGAAUUCACAAAAUGUUUUUGUAAAAGCACUUAAAAAUAC